UAGGGGGAGAGCUUCUGUCAGCAUUCGUGUGCCUGUCGUGUCGUGACAGGCGGCUGACGUCGCGAUAGUCCCGACUGCUGUAAACCCAGCGGGGCGGGGAGGCCGUCCUGUGGUGGGUUUGGACGCAAAGCCAAGGGGAGGCUGGGCUGGGCAGGAGUCUUUGUUUUGGGUUCGUUAGCGCGCUGCCCAAUUAGGUAAGGAAAGCAAUUAGCGAAGGGCAGGAAGUGACGGGGAGUGGGCCCGUCUUGGCGGCCGGGCCGUGCCUCUCGCUGCCUGCUGGCCGGGCCGGGCCAGGCCGGGCCAUAUUGGUCACCGGCAGACCUGUCUGCAGCCCCACAGCCCUGCCGGGGGCAGCCCAGGGGGCACCGAGUGUCACCACCACAGGCAGCCUGCCCGCGAGCAGAGGGAUGCACAGGAACUGCCCUGCGUCAAAUGUCUUUGAUUCAUUGGUAUUUAAUUUCUAAACGUUCAGGUUAACUCACAUAUCAAGAUAUCUUUUAGGACAAGGCAACUGUUCUGCCUGGUAAUAAGCAGCCAGUGAGUAAGAGGAGAGAAUUUUAAAUGCCACGGGUCAGGGCCGGUUUCUCACCCAGCGGAACCCUAGCCAAUGUUUGGGGCUGUGAUUACAAUGAUCCAAAUAAUGAGCCUCCUUCCUGAGGCACGCAUCCUGCACGAAAACAGGAUGUAGCUUGAGGCCCACUGCAGCGUCAGUGCUGUGGGGGCAGGUAGCUGCUGCCCAAUUUGUGCGGCCCCGUUCCACACGCAUCUGCCCCGACUCAUCUGCUGAGAGAAGGAACAGCAGGGGCUUUGCAAGAAGGGAGUUUCUUUUUGUCUCAUGGCAAAGUGCAAAGAAGGAUGAACACAUAACAUGUUUAAAAAAUGGUAGCGAUGCAAAUUAUCGGAGGUGUUAACUGCAUUGUAAUCUGAAUGCAAAAUGUGUUCCCAGCUCACGGAGAGGCCUGAGAGGCUUUAUUUGUGAUGGCUGGAGAAUUUGUGGCCUGUGAAUAGCGUUAAAGACUGUUCUUCAAAUUCUCUUGUAAUAUGAAUCUGAUUAAAUCAACGUCUGUAACAGUUUAGUCAGCUAUCAUGGAAGGUCAUGUUUUGUGUGUAGGACUUUGUAGACCAGCAAGGACAUGAGACCAAAAUUGAAGGAGAAAUGAGGCACAAGCAAAGCAGAUCCUUAAAAACAAUGCAAUAUUAUUCUUUUCUACAUGAUAUGAAAAAGAGCUCAAACUGCCAAACCCCAGUGAAUAAAUUAACUACCUGUGAUAACAUACUAGUCUACUGAAGGACUUGACUUGAUACCUCAAAUACAUAAAUAUGGAAGUUAAAAUGAAAAUGAGAGUUGAUAAAUAGGAAGGAAUUCACAUUAUGAAUGUUUAUAGGAAAUCUGUAUGUGCCAAAUGCUGAAUUGGCACACAAUUUGCAGAAAAAAGUUUAAAAUAGUUGUGCACUGUGCAUACAUGAAGCUUGCUUACUCAAGCUUCUCUGUCAGGAAGCAAGAUUCAACCUGUCUGUGAUGGGAGGGUCUUGAAAAGAACCUUCUGCACAGCAAAAGUAAACAAAAUGCUUUUCUGCUACAUAUGCUCCUCAGAGCAGAGGGAACAAUUAACGAAAUUACCAAAUUAAAAUAUCUGGGGAGGUUAGGCUUUGAAGAAAGGUCAGGGGUGCACACAGGCUCUUCAGAGAGGACAUUAGUUUCCCCCCACAUCUCAAUGCAUGUAGAUGGGAUGUUCUUGAUACGCUUGUAAAUCUUUGAGGGUAAUGGUGAAAUUUCCUGUGUUUGAAAUAUCCUUUUUUCUGCUACUUACCUGGACAGUGGGAAAAGGUCAUUUGGGGAAAACGUGAAGAUUUCUUUCAAUUUGGCUAAAGAUCAUAGGCUAUGAUUUGUGAAGGUGCCUAAGAAAGUCAGAAAAUCAAUCUGAAAAAUGAGUUGCACAAUUGAGAAAGCCUUAGCAGAUGCAAAAGCACUGGUGGAACGGCUAAGGGAACAUGACAACGCCGCAGAAGCUCUUAUCGAACAGACUACAGCUCUUAACAAGAGGGUUGAAGCAAUGAAACAGUACCAAGAAGAAAUUCAGGAGCUCAAUGAAGUAGCAAGACAUCGUCCUCGGUCUACAUUAGUGAUGGGUAUCCAACAAGAAAACAGACAGAUUAGGGAAUUGCAACAGGAGAAUAAAGAACUACGCACAUCUCUUGAAGAACAUCAGUCUGCUUUGGAACUCAUAAUGAGCAAAUACAGAGAACAGAUGUUUAGGUUGCUUAUGGCAAGCAAAAAGGAUGAUCCAAGUAUAAUAAUGAAGUUAAAAGAGCAACAUUCCAAGUUGUUUUUGACAGUUCUAGGGCAAGCUGAUCAUCUGCUAGCUGUAUGGACCUCCAGUCAAAUUUAUAAUUUAAAGGAACUACAAGUGCAUGUGGACCAAAUUACAGAAAUGGCAGCAGUAAUGAGAAAAGCCAUUGAUAUUGAUGAAAAGCAUGGCUGUAAAGAGCAGGAACGUAUCAUUCAGCUUGAACAAGAAAACAAAGGCUUGAGAGAAAUUCUUCAGAUAACUAGAGAAUCAUUCCUGAACCUCAAGAAAGAAGAUGCAUCAGAGAGUACAUCUCUUUCAGGAUUAGUAACAAGCAGUGAUUUGAGCCUGAGGAAGAGCUAAAGACUAUGGAAGUCAACAAGCUUUAAUUGCACACUUUACAAAUGGAAUAUCAGGGGUCACUUGUCAAGCACUUGUUACUGAAUAGGGCACCAGCAAGCUAAUGCAUCUUGAACUUCAGUUUAGUGGCUUUUUUACCAUGUGAAAUACAUUCAAAUGGGUAUUCUAUAAAAACCUUAAUGACAGAUUAAUUGCCAUAGAUCUAACUUCAGUAGGAAAUGGAUUAAUGCACUUACCAAAUUAGGAAUUAUUUUUAUAUGAAGUUAUUUUGCAAAUAAAAGACAUGAUUUCACAUAAUUUAUAUAAAUUACUGCUCAUACAAAACUUCAAUGCACCUACUAUACAAUAAAGACUAAAUUUAAAGUCUCAUCACAGCAUAACUGAGUAUGCUUUGUGCACAAACCAUAUCACAUUUUUCCUUUUAAAUUUUCUGAAAUUUGGAAUUUUGCAACAAGCCUGUUUAAUGGAAAGGGUGAAUAGGCAUCAUAAAACUUAAACAUUUCUGUUAUUUAGCCACAGGGUAUCCCAUUCAAGUAUAAGGCCAGUUGUUUAAACAUAAGCAAUGCUUUUGCCUUUGUUCAGAAUUUUUUUCUUAAAUUAAAAAAGAUUUAAGAUAUGCAUACUUAAUUCUAUUUUCAAAAUAUGAAAAGAACUUCUUACUUUUUUGCUUUCUGGAACACAAGCAGUAUAAUUCUGGCUUAGCUAUUUACUUUAUGAGAGAGAAAACCAAGCUCAGUUCUCUAUAUGUAGAGAGAGAAGUCCCAUCUGCUAGACAAGUCCCACAGUAGUCCCAUCUACUUCUUGGAUUGCCUGUCCAAACUGGGAAAUGGCAAUCUGAAAGCACCCAAGCCAUAGCAAAACAAAGAUAGUUGGGGGAAGAAGGAAGAAGCUCUAUGGCAGACUUGGCAGUCUGCAAUCAAUGAUUACUGUUCCCACCCCUCUUUUUUUCCUAAGGACUAAAUACUCAAGAUCUGUUAUCACUGGGAACUUUCAAUAUAUUACACAUUGACAAAUAGACUUCUCACUUCUAAUCCUAAAAUAUCGUUAGAAGUAGAAAUGAACUGGCACUUCUAGAUCAAGGCACAGCUUAUGUUGGAUUCUUGUUUGAAGCACCAAGAACACUUCUAAUAUUGAUGCGUAUCAUGACUUUGUCCAGCAUGCUAAUGUAUUCUUUACUUGGAACACAGACUCGAAGCAUAGUGAAAGCUUUCAACCACAGAAAUUGAAGAGCUACAAACAGCAACCACAGUUAAGUAUUUCGUCUGUUUAAUAACUCACCUAGCAAAACGAGUUGAACUCCUUAUUUAAUCAAAUUCCAUUUUUAGUUGCAACAAUGCAGAAGAAAUUAAGCACUUUCAAAUGUGUCAGUUUUAAAUACAACUUGUCUCAAGAUAAAUGCACCAAAAGGUCUAAGACUGAACUUUCAGUUCCCAGUGAGCUAAUUUAUAGGGAGCCUAAUAUUUUUCUUCUGGUAUUGUCAAAUACCUUCCCAUAGUGCUUAAGAGAAACAAGUGGAGUGGUGGGAAAAAGCAUCAAGCAGAGAAUAAAUGCCAGUUUUCAAUUAGCUAAUACAUAUGCCAGGAAGUACAGUUAUAAGAAGAGCUCAGAACAGACAGAUAGAUCAAGCUCUCUAACAUUGUACAGCAUUUCUUGUAACUGGAGAAACUCCUCCUUCCUGAGCAUCUUAGCUUGUUUCUAAGUUUAAGAAUAUAUGGGGAACAUUCAUGUGCAUGAAGAAAAGUUUUAGCUCCUUCCAAACUUGCUAAACAUCCUGGGGGAGGUGGGGGUUUUUCAGAACAUUUUAUCUCAAGCUCAAAAUACACUUGUCAGCUGUUAUCUAUAAAAUUUUGCCAAUGUUUAUAUGAUUUAGAUUUUGCAUUUCUGCUGUAGCUUGCAAGCUGGUGACUUAGUAGAAGCAACGUGUUUCAAUGGGGUGUGUUUUGUUGUUGCAAACUUGGAAGAAGGUUUGGUUUCAGUUAUUUUUUUCCAUACAUGUCUUUUCAGCCAUUGACUUGUAUCAAGGGCACUUACAUCCAUUUUACACAGAAUGCAGUUUCAUGGCUGACCUUCUGGCUUGUCUUUCAAAUACAAUCUCCGGAGUAUAUAGCAGAGAAGGGUUCUUAGUCUGUGGCAGUUCUUUAAGGUUGCUCUAUUAUGAAAUAAUGCUUGAUUAGUGUUUAUUUUUGUAAUUUAAGAAAUGUGACUUAAUUUAUCUACUCCUAGUUUUCACGUUUGAUAUGUCUCCUCUUCCAUUCCCCUGACCUGAUCACUUUAGGAUUUUAAAGAGCCUUCACAUGGUGUGGAGUGACUAUUUUUCAUUGCAAACCUGUUAUUUUUGUAAUGCUGAUAGCUUGAAAAGAAUUUAUGGCUAGAAUUGUGUACUGUACAGUAAACUUAUUUUAUCAAUAAAGUAAAUACAA